CGUAAGUAGCCGCGGUGGGUGCUAGACCCGAGCUGCACAGACUCGCACGGACUCGCACCGCCCCGCACCGCUCUGCCCGAGAACCCGGCUGAACCUUCUGCCGCGUGCCGCCAGGUCCGCCGUCCCGCUGCUUUACCAGCAGCCAGCCGCUCGUCCCGCACCCGGAGUCCCAGAUGGCUUCAGUGACUGAUACUAAAGCUGGAGUCAAAGAUGCUUCUGACCAGAAUUUUGACUACAUGUUCAAACUGCUUAUCAUCGGCAACAGCAGCGUUGGUAAAACGUCUUUCCUCUUCCGCUAUGCCGAUGACACCUUUACCCCAGCCUUCGUCAGCACAGUGGGCAUUGACUUCAAGGUGAAGACAGUCUACCGCCAUGAAAAGCGAGUGAAGCUACAGAUCUGGGACACUGCUGGACAAGAGCGAUACCGGACCAUCACCACAGCCUAUUACCGUGGGGCCAUGGGCUUCAUUCUGAUGUAUGACAUUACCAAUGAGGAAUCCUUCAAUGCUGUCCAAGAUUGGGCUACUCAGAUCAAGACCUACUCCUGGGACAAUGCACAGGUUAUCCUGGUUGGGAACAAGUGUGACAUGGAGGAAGAGAGGGUUGUUCCCACUGAGAAGGGCCGGCUCCUUGCCGAGCAGCUUGGGUUUGACUUCUUUGAAGCUAGCGCCAAGGAGAACAUCAGUGUGAGGCAGGCCUUCGAGCGCCUGGUAGAUGCCAUUUGUGACAAGAUGUCUGAUUCGCUGGACACAGAUCCCUCCGUGUUGGGCACCUCCAAGAACACCCGUCUCUCAGACACCCCACCGCUGCUGCAGCAAAACUGCUCAUGUUAGAUUCUGCAUCUCUACUAAGUUAUUCCUGAUGACCUGCCACAGUUGGAGGAUCAGCCCAUGCCUGGGAUUGCAUGCAAGAGAAGACAGGCCUGUGAGAUACAAAUACUGUUAAGUGAUGUUUUUGAAGGCCUUCAUCCCUUAUAUAAAGUAGGCAAAACUAAAAUUUAUGCAUUCAGAUUUAUUCAAUAAAUAAAUGUAUGUGUCAGGAUAUAAUCAGUGGCAGACUAAAUACAAACCUUGUCUUCAUGAAGCUUAGAGUCUAGUAGCUUGUGGUUUAGUCUAGACAUUGUAAAAUAGUCACCCAAAUAUAAUUAAAAAGUGCUCUGAAGAAAAGAUACAUCAUUCUAUGAGAAUAUAACUGGGAAAACUGAAUCAUUUGUCGAGUUGUUUCAGGAGGCCUAGAAAAUCUCCACUGCCCCCCAAGUACCUCCGCUAUCCACUGACUAUUGCUUUAUAUUCUUCAAGCUUUCAUCCUUUAGUUCAAACCUUUGAUGACUAGUCAAAUACAAAUCCUCCAGAAAGAGUAAGGGUGAGAGAAACAGUAUUUGUACCUGUGAAAUAUGUUUAGACUGCCUGGUUCAGAGUUAAUUAUUGUCUUCUGAGGGACAUAAGAAAACAUAGUGAUUUGAAACAACAGACAUUUGUUAUUUCUCAUGAUUCUGGGAGUUGGCUGGCUGAUUCUUCUUCUGGUCUAGAAUGAUGUCAUUCACAUGCCUGGAGUCCCAACUGAAAUGACUAGGGUGGUUGAGGUGCCUCUCCAUGUGUUUUCAUCUUCCAGAAGGCUGCCCAGACUUGCUCACUUGGUGGUAGAAAUUUUUCCAGUAGCAAGAGAGGGCAAGCUCCUGUGUAGAAGUACUUCUUCUUGAGCCUCUGUUUGUAUUGUGUCUGGUAAUGUCCCACUGACUAAUGCAAGUCACAUACAAGGGAUGGAGAAAUAGGUGCCAUCUCUUGAUGCAAGGAGCUAUAAAAUAUUGUGGCCAUUUUUUCAGCCCACUGAAGGAAGCAACACUAAGCCAUCUGAAACCAAGUCUGAGAAAUUUCCCUGGGUCUUAAAACCUGGUAUCCCCAAAGAGAAACGUCACAAUAGUUUGCAGCAGGGCAAUAUCACCAUUUGUUUAGUUUUCUGAAGGGUCUGCUUUGGAGGAAUGAAGACACAUCUGUAUGGUGUUUUGAUGCAUAUUUCACCAUUCAUUUGGUUACUUCUUAGCUACUCCUUGAGGGAUGAAUCUGGCUUCUCAUUCUGUGGAAUUAACUGUAAUAACGAUUGUGAUUCCCACCUGAGAUUCCUGGCUGGAGGCCCAGCAGAAGGAUUCAAUGUAUGCAGAAAAGAUGGCUCAAAGGAUAGUUGAGGGGCAUCUGGCUGGUUCAGUAGGUAGAG